CUCAAAAGCAAGUUGACAGCUGUCUGACGCUGCUGUAGAAAAAGUAGCACAUACUGCCGGCGAGGCUAGAGGUGUGGACUGGAGCGAGAGGUGUGGCAGAGAGAUCUAGGAUGGAUAGAAUCGGAGUCUUCUCUCCGAUCUUGCGUUGAGUGACUGAAAGGGACGAACGAAACUGUCGUCUGCCGACUUGGAGUAGACUGCGGGGACGGAAGCCUGAGACGGUGGAAGAGUAGAAUGGAAGCGAUGGAGGCUGACGCGACGAGUUUGGAGCAGACGGUGGGGCCGCCGCCGCCGAGCCUGGUGAAGGAGGAGGAUGAGCUAGUUCGCGCCUUCGUGGAGUUGGACUGCGGCUGCAAAGAGAUUCCUACUUAGGUUAGGGUAAUUCCAAUUUGGGGAAAAGGACGAUGGACGUUGGUGGGUGGUGACCAGGGCGGGCAGACGCCUGGCGGAUGGGCUUUGUUGUGGGCUGGGCUCAUUGCCCAGUCAGUCAAUGAGCUGAGCUUUAGUCUCUAGGGCCUGUUUUAUUUGUUAUUCGACCUUUCGAUUUUAACACGAAUCGGACUGGUCCAAGUUUUUUGCUAUUUCUAGGACCAAAGAAGGGAUUGGAUUGUUUAACAUCCAGUCCCAAUCUUAAACGGCCAAGGUUUUUACAAUCCGAUUUUGGGUUAAACUGGAAAAUUCGGACCAAAUAGCCAGUCGUGCUCACGAUAAACACAUGCUGAUAGUGCCAAUGCUAGGCAACUUUUCUUUAACGAUGUUUUGUCCAAAGUCCGAUAGUACGCGAAUUCAAGAAUAUUCACGCUCCAAAAAAUAAAAGCGAAUUUUACCAAAAAAUUGUGUUUUGUCGCUCCAAAGCAGGAGCAACGGCCGGUAUCCGCGAAUUGAGUGACCUAAAACUAAGACCAUACAUACUAACAACAACUCUACACGGCUAAUGGAAAUAAUAAAUAUGCCAAAUUCUUUAUAAGCAUUAUAGUAAGUAAUACUGGACAUGCUGUUUCACAAAAUUCACCCAAUUAUUUAUUAAGCAUUUUCAUUAAUAUUGGACAUAAAAGUUUGAUAUAAUCUGCCUAAUUUUUCAUUCAUGGGCUAUCAAGUGUGAACAAAUCCAGAUAGAUUAGUUUUUCCUUCACUGGUCAUGGAAAUGACUUAUCUAAACUUGGUACUACAUAAUUUCGUAUCUGGUCAUUGAAAAGAAUAUCCAAAUUUAAACCAUUACCAAAACUUCUUUAGCAAUGAAUAUCCGCUAUUGAAAUUAUUACCUAAAUUUAUUUUUAUUUUUGGUUAAGAUAAUUUUAUUUUAGGCAUAUGAAUUAGUCACAUGCUUAGCCUAUAUUUAGCAUUCCAAGUCCUACAAAAUCCAAACUAAUUAAUGAAAUUGUUGAGGAAAUUACUCUUACCAAAAAGAAAAAAUAAGGACUUUUUACCAUGAGAGAGAGAGACUAGAGAGAGCAGUCAUUGUGACGAGGCUGAACCAAUGAAAACCUCCCACGUGGAAUUUUCAACAAGACGUAACGCGAGUAGCUAGCGGCUUCCCGAUCCACGCGCGCUGUUAAGGAAAGGAAACAAACUGCGGAAUAUCGAGUCACGUGCGUGACGCCCUGCCAUGUUUGUCUCGUUCCCUUCCUAACUUUGCUUCUCUCCUUUUCUUCUUCUUCUUCUUCAUCUGCUUGCUUUAAAAACCUCUCUCAGAUUUUGCAUUUCAUCGCACCACACUAUUCACUCCCAACCCCGCUCCCUCCCUGCGUGUGGAAAAAAAAAAAAAAAUGGCGUCUAGGGUUUCAAUUCUCUUCUUCGUCUCCGCUCUCGUUCUGAUCGGCGCUGUUUCGGCGGCUGAGGAGGCCGAGUCCAAGGAGUUCGUGCUCACACUCGACCACACCAAUUUCACUGACACUGUCGCCAAGCACGAUUUCAUCGUCGUCGAGUUCUACGCUCCAUGGUGUGGACACUGCAAGAAUCUAGCUCCAGAGUAUGAGAAGGCUGCGGCGGCAUUGAGCAGUCAUGAUCCCCCAAUCGCCUUGGCAAAGGUAGAUGCCAAUGAGGAGGCAAAUAAGGAGCUUGCCACACAGUAUGAGGUUCGGGGGUUCCCAACUCUGAAAAUUUUGAGGAAUGGAGGGAAGGCAAUUCAGGAAUAUAAGGGUCCUCGUGAAGCUGACGGUAUUGUUGAGUAUUUGAAGAAACAGAGUGGUCCUGCUUCAUCUGAGAUUAAAUCGGCAGAGGAUGCCAGUACUCUUAUCGAUGAAACUAAGAUAUUUAUUGUUGGGGUGUUCCCGAAGUUUUCUGGUCAGGAGUUUGAAAACUACAUGGCUUUGGCCGAGAAGUUGCGGUCAGAAUAUGAAUUUGGUCACACUACCAGUGCCAAAUUCCUUCCGCGUGGUGAAUCGUCAGUGACUGGACCGUUGGUUAGGUUGUUCAAGCCAUUUGAUGAACUCUUUGUUGAUCAUAAGGAUUUUAGUUCGGAAGCUCUGGAGAAGUUUGUUGAGGAGUCGAGCAUACCCAUAGUGACUGUUUUCAAUAGCGACCCAGCCAAUCACCCCUUUGUUAUCAAGUUCUUUAACAGUCCCGAAGCCAAGGCUAUGUUGUUUGUGAACUUCACCAAUGAGGCUGCUGAAUCUUUCAAGUCCACAUACAAAGAAGUUGCUGAGCAAUACAAGGGACAAGGUAUUAUCUUUUUGAUCGGAGAUGUUGAAUCUAGUCAAGGCGCCUUCCAGUUCUUUGGACUUAAAGAAGAACAAGUGCCCCUUCUCAUUGUACAAACAAACGACGGACAGAAGUACCUGAAGCCAACUUUGGGUGCGGACGAGAUUGCUCCUUGGCUCAAGGAUUACAAGGAAGGCAAAGUUUCACCGUAUAGGAAAUCUGAGCCGAUUCCCGAAACUAAUAACGAGCCUGUGAAAGUUGUAGUUGCCGAUACCCUACAGGAGCUUGUUUUCAACUCCGGGAAAAAUGUUCUACUGGAGUUCUACGCUCCAUGGUGCGGACACUGCAAGAAGCUUGCUCCCAUUCUGGACGAAGUUGCUCUGUCCUUUGAGAAAGAUCCUAGUGUGCUCAUUGCAAAACUUGAUGCAACUGCAAACGACCUCCCCAGUGAUACAUUCGAUGUGCAAGGAUACCCGACUGUGUUCUUCCGUUCGGCGAGCGGAAACUUGGUGCAGUACGAAGGGGAUAGAACCAAGGAAGACAUCAUCGAGUUCAUCGAAAAGAACAAGGAUAAACCAGCAGUUGCCCAGCAACAACAGCAGGAACAAGUAUCUAAGGAGGAACCGGCAAAAGAUGAGCUCUAAACUAGCUUCUGCUCUAAGGAGUGUUCCGUGUUCAUUUCUCCUCUGUAUCAGUUUUGGGCAAGCAAAAACAAAAUCUAGUUGGUAGUUUACCCUUCUAACUCUGCUGUCUGAAUAAUAAAAUGUUAGCUAGCCUAGCCUCUAUAGGUUUUGUAGAAACAGAAAGAUGUUGCCUAACGUGAGUUCUCUGCUCUUUCCCUCACUUCCUAGUUGUGCUUGCCUUUUCGGUAAACCUACUAUCAGCCAUUACCGUAAUGAAAAAUGUGGGUCAAUAGUUGAGGCAUCAAUCGGGUGGGUUCGAGUUGGGUUUGGUAGGAAUGUAGGUUAUGCAUUUAUCAGGUUGUGGGUCAAUUGGAUAGGUUCGAGUUGGGUUUAGUCGGAUUGUUGGUUAGGGGCUAUUAGGUUGUGAGUCAGUUAGGUUCUGGUUUAUCGGGCUGUGGAUUAGUCGGAUUGCAAGUUUAUUGAGUUGUGGAUCAGUUUGGUUAUGGUUUAUUGGGUUGCAGAUUAGUCGGGCUACGAGUUGAUCGGGUUAUAAGUCAGUCGGAUCGAGUCAAUAAAAUUGUAGGUCGGUCGAAUUACGAGCAAGUCAGGUUAUGAGUUGUUCAGCAGAUUAAUCCAUCAGAUUACUUACAUUAAUUUUUAAAAAAUAUUGUGUCAAUAAUAUUUAGUAAAUUCUUUUUUUUUUUUCUCCGGGGUAAUUGUUGUCGAUCUUUUGUUGACCAAAUUUGGAUCAACCCCUCCCAAAAAACCUUACGCACAUAGCAGAUUACAAAGUUGCAACCGAAGUUUAAUACACUCUACUACUACUGCCUUGCACAUUUUGCAGCAGACAGAUUACAAUUUUUUGACAUCCAAACUUCCUAUCUACUUAAUCCACAAAAACUAGAAGUUGUCCAUAGCUGUGUAAACUCUGCAUUCCCUGACUAGUAACUUCGAAUUUCUCUCACAAUUUGUUCAAAGAUAGCAAUACUCUACCAAAUCUCUCCCUCCAAAUUCCGGAGAUAAACCAGCUCCAUAAAACUCCAAAUCAACAAGCCAUCAACAUUAUUUUGUUCAGCAAUGGAACUUACCAAGCUCAGCAUACCACUCCACUCCUCAGGCGAAGUAAAUCUGUUUAUUAAAGAGCACAACACAGCCUUACAAAAAGAACACUUGCAGAACAGGUCCUCUCUGGUUUCAGGUUCAGUGUUGCAGAACAGCUGUUGGUAGAACAUUUUAUUGUUUCGCUUCAGCUACCCUUCCAAAUAUAUAAGAAAAUUGCUCUUUAUUUAGCGUCUUCAAUUCCUUUUAGCAACUUUAGCUUGUUCCUCACUUUGUUUGUAGUUGAACCUCUUAUCCGUUAUCCCCAAGUAUGCUCUAGUAUUUCUGUAUUUUGAGUGGUUUAACCACAUGUCAAAGCAUCUGAAGGGUUUGGGAUAACUUUUUUCACAAAGAACAUGGUUAACUAGAGGUGGCAAUUGGAUCGGAUUUGUGGAUUGGAUUGGUGGAUUCAUGGAUCAAAUGGAUUGGAUCCAAUGGAUUGGUGGAGUUAUGGAUUGAUCAAAUGGAUUGGUGGAUUGAUCCAUGAAUCUAAAUGACAUCCAAGGCUUGGACCAAAAUAUAAAUUUUGAAAAGUUUAGGUACAAAUGUCAUAAUGAAAAAUUUUAGGUAUC